GUGGGGCUGAGGGAAUAAAAGCGCGGCGGCCAGCUGGGUGCUGCUUAUCUACGUUGGAUCACUUCCUACGGUAACCUGUGCGCUGUCAAUCGCGAACACACCAUGGCCGGGUCCUUGCGCACCCCGCUGCUCCUGCUAGCCGCUGUGGGCCUGACUCUGGCCCUGGCUGUGAGUCCCGGGACCGGCAGGAGAAACAACAAGUCUGCGCUGGUGGGCGCCCCGUUGGACGCCGACGUCAACGAGGAGGGCGUGCAGCAGGCGCUGAACUUCGCCCUCAGCGAGUACAACAAGGCGAGCAACGACGCGUACCACAGCCGUGCGAUGCGGGUGGUGCGUGCCCGAAAGCAGGUUGUGGCUGGGAUGAACUACUUCUUGGACGUGGAGAUUGGACGAACCAGAUGUACCAAGUCCCAGCCCAACUUGGACACCUGUCCCUUUCAUGACCAGCCACACCUGAUAAGGAAAACGCUCUGCUCUUUCCAGAUAUAUACUGUACCCUGGAUGGGCAAGACAUCCCUGGUGAAGUCCAGCUGCCAGGAUGCAUAGAGGACCCUGUGACAGGCUGGGUUGCUCUGGCCCCCUUCUCCCACCCCGCUCCCCCCUUGUAGAACUCCUAAUCCUUGGAAGGGUGGCCCUGUCCAGGUGAUGUCCCCUCAAUGUGCUGGUCCCAGGAGACAAAUAGAAAAGGGUUCUGGGGCAUUUUUUGAACAUGCUAAGUGACUGUAACUCCUUUCUUUUAAUUGUUUUCCAAAUGCACCAGUAUGUAGUGCACUUGUUCUGCUCUGUCUUCAUCAAUAAAAGGUAACAUCAGCUA